CCGAAAUGAGCGAACUUCACACGACGCCUAAGAAAUCCAUAUCGAAAAGACAAGAAGAAAAAGAAGAAGAAGAAGAUAAUAAUGUCGGUUGCAGAGAAGAGCAGGAACAAGCCCUUGUCGCUUUAGUAGAGCACCGUUCAGCUGAGAUAGAUCGUCUCAAGCAUCACAUAUCUAACUACCAAACCAAGCUUAUUGAAGCACAAAGAAGUUUGAGAGAUUCAAAAGCUAAGUUAUCUAACCUUCGUGGUCAUCAUGAUGAUGAUGAAUCCAUUACUAUUAGUAGCGCAAAGAAAGAGACUAAUGAUGAAUCUACAAGAAACAUUACUCCUUCUAGGAAAGAGAAAGACUAUCCAUCUCCAUCACCUAGCAAGAUUCUUAAACCCUGUGAUAACAACUCUGUUCCUACAAGUAAUAGUAGUAUCUCCAAGUCAAAGGCCAACACUGUUGUUGUGAAGCAAAAGCCUGAAACAUCUUCUCGUGACAGUAUCUCAAACUCCAAUACCAAAACUGUUGUUGUGAAACAAAGGCCUGAAACAUCUUAUCGUGACAGUCCUAACCUUAAAGCUAGCAGAGAUCGGGAUAGAGGGACGAAAAGGAAGUUCGAGCACAAGGAGCAUAAAGAGGUGAUUCGGUUUAUAGCUAGAAACUCUUCACCAACUACAAUCAAAUGUCAUUCUAGCAACCAAAUCUCCAGUCAGCACAAGAGGAAGUUAAGAAGCUUGAUUCUCUGUCCUGUAAAUGAGCAGCUUUUUGCAACAAGUUCUCUGGAUGGCAUGGUCAGUUUAUGGCAACUGCAGCCUGGAAGAUUGGCUGCAUCAUGUCUUAGUACAACAGACUGUUUAUCUCAAAAACAAAGAAGAUGGGGAGAAGAUAUGGCCUGGCACCCAUCCGGGAACACUCUUUUCUCUGUAUACACUGCAGACGAUGGUGAUUCUCAGAUAUCAAUCUUAAAUCUAAACAAGACACGCGGGGUUACUUUCCUGGAGAAUAAACCACACGUGAAAGGGAUAAUCAACAACAUAAAGUUCAUGCCAUGGGAAAACACAUGCUUUGUAACGGGAGGGAGUGAUCACGCUGUUGUUCUAUGGAACGAGAGUGAUGAUGAAGAAAACAAAUGGAAGUCUAAAACUCUACACAGGAAUCUACACUCAGCUGCUGUGAUGGGAGUUGAUGGGAUGAGGAACAAGAACGUUGUUUUGUCGGUUGGAGCAGACAAGAGAAUAUACGGGUUUGAUGUCCAAGUUGGUAGAGCAGACUACAAGCAUCAGAUAGAGUAUAAAUGCAUGAGCGUUCUCUCCAAUCCUUGUGACUUUAAUCUGUUUAUGGUUCAGUCCGGGGAACCGGAGAAACAGCUUCGGCUGUUUGAUAUUAGAUUAAGGAGAACCGAACUCCAUUCGUUUGGUUGGAAGCAAGACAGUAGUGAAUCACAAUCAGCUUUGAUAAACCAGUCUUGGUCUCCUGAUGGUUUAUACAUCACCUCUGGUUCAGCUGACCCGGUUAUCCAUGUUUUUGACAUCAGGUACAAUGCUCGUAAACCGACUCAAUCAAUAAAAGCUCAUCAGAAGAGAGUGUUUAAAGCGGAAUGGCAUUACUCUCAGCCACUUCUUAUCUCCAUAUCUUCUGAUCUCAACAUUGGUCUGCACAAGAUCUCAUGACCACUUUGAGAUCUCAUAUGUUUCCCUGUUUCUCCUUCUUUAUUACUAGCUUAAUGUUGGCUUAGUUAUUCCAAAUUCAUAUAGAUUACAAACCAACUCUUAUUUUAUAGGCAUCAACAUCAUUUACAUGGGAACUGAAUUGAAAGCUUGUCUUGAUCUCCC